AUGUCGCGCAAUUCAUUCGACGAGGGUGAUGACCAAAUCACACCUCUUGCCCGCAGAAUGACUGCCACCGACGAAGGCAACCGCGUCCUCCAGAUGGGCAACAUGGCUGCCGCCCGCCGCAAGAACAGUAUCCACCGCACCAGUCCUCCGUCUGAUCUGGAUCGCAACCGCUCGCCGAACUCCAGCGAUCAACGCAAAGUCGUAAUACCCGACGAGCUGCCCGCGCGCAGCAAGACCACCGGUGGCGGCAUGUCACGCUCCAAAUCCAUGAAGCAAGCACUAGGCAGAGCAAUGAGUGUGCGCCAGGAACCACACCAAGCCCACAAUCUCCCCAACACUGGCUUUGCACCUUCGCGAUCAAAGUCACUUCGCGCACCGCCUCCUCCCCGUUUGCACCUUCGCAGACAACAAGAAGGCAAGAACGGUGUUGCGGAACCUAUUCCCGUGCCUGAUUUCCCCUCGCCGGGAAGAGCUCCUAGGGGUCAAAGAAUCUUCGACCCGCAAACAAUUGCUGAGGAUGAGGGUGUGGAUGUGGAGAAGACUGGCGGUUGGGCGGUAGACAAGAAGACGCAGAAGAAGCUGGAUGACGAGAGAGCCAGAUUGGAAGAGCAGGAACGUCAAGCAGUGUUCAGUGGUGAGGAUGGAGACAUUAAGCACAACAAGACCGGAAGGCAACGAAGCAAGAGUUUCAAGGAGUUCUUCGGCAGGAAAUGA